CUUCCGCUGCUGCUGCUGCUGCUGCUGUCGCUACAGCGUCACGGUGCUGUAUUAGUGGAGUGUCGGACCACCGUCUCGCGCUGUUUCAUUUCUCCGAGUGCCCGACAUCUCGUUCGCGACAUCCGUCCUCUGCCUCAUCAUCGGUUUCAUCGGAAGACGAAAAAGUGGUAGUGUGUGGCUCUCAUCCGGAGAACGAUGGAGACGUACGUGCUCAUCCCGAAGGAGCUCAGUCUCGUGAUCGGUGACCGCGCGACGUCGACGACGACGACCAACGACUCGACGACUCCGUCCGGCGAUCGACCGCCCGCCAAGGAAGUGACCGCGGCCGUGUGGAGCAACAGUCGCAUCUCCCGCGGCACGAGGUUCCUGCCCUUUCAAGGAACCGUCCGCCUGGACAAGCUUGAGGUGUUCGGCACGCUCGACCAGAGAGACAUCCGGCAUCGCUUCGGCUGCUACGACGAAAUCCAGCUGGAAAAGUCCAGGCAGGUUCGACACUGCAACUGGGUGCGUUUCGUUCGACACUCGCCUCAGUUCAGCGCCGAGGUGAACCUGCUCGGUUCGCUCGUGAAGGGUGAGCCCGUGUACGAAACGAUUCGCACGGUGGCCUCACACACGGAGCUGGUUGUCUUCUACGAAGACGCAGAUGACGACGUCGAUCGUACGCCCCUGACGUUGGUAGUGGCCAGGGACCUCUCGUUGGCACAGUACCGAAGCGCCAUGGGCAUGAUCCUCGAAGAUACACCCCUGGACCUGUCACAGUCAUUAAUAGCAGCGCCAGUGUCACCCUCAUCACCGGUCACUCCUCAACUACCUCGAGUCCUAAUGACGCCGCCAUCGGAACCUGAGGAGAGGCGGUCAGUUUCCAGUGAAGGAACCACAACGGAAGAGACGGUGCCGAUGGAGACACCGAGACAUUUGAUGGUGAAGAAAGGUCGCGAGCGAACCUUGCUUCCCUGCGAAGUCUGUGGCAAGGCCUUCGAUCGACCAUCGCUCUUACGAAGGCACAUGAGGACGCACACAGGAGAAAAGCCGCAUGUGUGCGAUGUCUGCGGCAAAGGGUUCAGCACAUCCAGCUCCCUCAACACGCAUCGACGCAUUCAUUCGGGGGAGAAACCGCACCAGUGUCACGUGUGCGGAAAGAGGUUUACAGCUUCCUCCAAUCUCUACUAUCAUCGCAUGACGCAUUCCAAGGAGAAGCCACACAAGUGCACGCUGUGUUCCAAGUCCUUCCCGACUCCCGGAGACCUGAAGAGUCACAUGUACGUUCACAGUGGUUCGUGGCCUUUCAAGUGCCACAUUUGCAACCGGGGCUUCAGCAAGCAGACAAACCUCAAGAACCAUCUGUUCCUACACACCGGUGAUAAGCCGCACAUAUGCGAGUACUGCCAAAAGAGGUUCGCCUUGGCCUGCAACCUGCGAGCUCACCUUAAAACCCACGAAGGAGAACACCAGGAGAAGUGUUCGGGCUGCGGCAAGUCCUACUCCGUGAGCGCGACCGGCGGCGCGGGCAGGUUUCUGGGACGCGGCUACUGCCCGACAUGCCUGGGCACUCUGGCCGGCAACGGUCUCUCGUCAUCGGCCAAGACGGGUCACUACGAAGCCGAGCCUCCGAAGUCGCCCACACUCGACUCCAACGAGGACAGCAAGGGCAGCUCGCGUUCGAACCCUGACCUGGGGGUCGCGUCGUCACCCACCACGCCGCCUCCGCCACCACGGCUUCUGUUCGGUGUGCUGGACCAGAUGAUGAUGCGCUACCGGCAGUCAGCUCAGGCCUUCCUGCCACCCUCCUUACCGACCAUGAAGUUCUUGGAAGGCGCGUCUAUGCUCACACCUUGACGACACGCCCGAAGUGUCGGCUGGUCAAUGAUAAACUGACCCGACAUGUGACAAACUCGUGUUGUGAUCGCGCGUGGCUUCGAAUCAACACCUUUGGAGUGGUCCCCGAUGAGAAAAAGAGAAUGAAGAGAAGAUGGCGUGAUCUCAGACUUCUUGUGCGUGCUCUGUAGUGGCCGACACCGCAAACUUUCAGUGUUCGGCGAACUGGGACCAGUUUUAGCGUCGCGUUCUGUACCAUUCUUCCCCAUUGGAGUGACAUUUGUAUGUGUGUUGCCUCUGGUACGCAUUUGAUCCGUGGAAUGAAGUCUGUUCGGGAGGUCAUGAGGUCACAUGACAUAAUAGUUCGGGCUAUUCCUUGUUAAGCACAUUAAUAGUACUUUUUUUUACCCUGGUUUCCCGUUUGCCAAGACGAUUACUGGAUAAUGGCGUAACUGCCCCUUUGGCAGGAGAUGCAAAUAGAGGCUGUGUACAUAAUGGUGUUUAGUACUUCGCCAACAAAUGUGUCAAAAGGAGCUGCGAGGCCGUGUUGUUAUCCUAACAGGUUCCUGGGCGCCAGGAAGAAGUGCAAAAUCUUUUCUACGUAUGCGUGCUUGAUAUUCCCGGUGAUAAUAUAACAAACGUAGGACGGAGUAUCAUCCAUAACUGCGCCAUGUGUAUUAAAGAACCACACCACUAAGGGGGCCGAUCAGAACUUAUAUCGCUGUCUUCGACAAUCUAUACUUCUGGCAAGACGAUGCCUUCUUACAGUACGAGCGUUUUGUUUAUAGUAACGUGAAACGACCAGAGUGCGUUUUGCUUUGCAGCAUUUCCUUGGGCUAAAAUGGGUCGUAAAAACGUUCUUCUUGACGUAAAUAUAAGAAGGACAGUACGUGUCAAUUUAAUGAAUAAAACAACAACUCUGGAGGAUAGCGCAUGAAGUGAAGUAGCAUUGAGGAUAUGUUACUGUGACUUACACUUAUCACACGCGACAUUAAAAACUAUUUUUGACGAUGUCUUACACAUCAGUGCCUUAUUGUAUGCCUUACACGUACAGAUGUUACUUAAUUUUUAUAAGCACAUAUAUUAUGCUAGUUUGUACAGCGAAUGUGCUACUGGGCGCGAGACGCGGUUGGAGAGAAGUAAUGUAUAUAUAUUUCUGCUAGCUUAACAAGUUAGGUUACUUGUAAAGCCACGCAGCACAUACAAUAAAUAUUUUUGAAUAAGAUUAUGAGCGCGAAAGAUGAAAAGAAAGUUUUCUUUGAGUGCAGGUAAUCUGGGUGUUGCCGUGAUCAAAUACUAAUAUUUGUGUAUUCCUUGUAAAAUUCAUCAUUGUUUUUUUUUGACGGACACAUAGAUGAAAAUCAAACAUCGACGAGUCCCACGAGGUUCUGUUUAAUAAGGCGUUGUUCCUACAACUUUCUUUGUUUGUCCGUCGCCUGCAAUAGAAGGGUGUAUGCUGGGAUGCACGUUUAAAGCGAGAGAAAAACUACAGUGCCAUUACCCAUGUGAUGCUAAAUCUAGACGUUGUGCCUACAACACGUGUCUUCUGACGAAAAUAUCACCUAACAUUUGUGGUGACUUCGAACUACAAUGUUCUUAGUUUGAAACGUUUUUCUUUUGUUUUCAAUUCGAAGGUAGAUCGACAGGCAACGAUUAUUGCUCGAGGUAGUAACUCCUGUGAUAACAACACAAUGAUACCACGGCGUCUCGCUUCACUUUAUGAGAAUUUUCCACGUUAUCGGCGUACUGUGCAAGUUCUAGUAGAUAAACUGUGUAUUCAUACGGACCAGGCGGAGGCGACAUAUACUAAAAUAGUUUUGUGGCAGCACCUUUACAACGACUUCGUCAUAUUGAAAUCUUCGCCGGUCUGGCAACUAACAAAAAUGCUCCACUGGAAUACAGCCUACGUGCGAAAAUUCCUUGGCUGCGAAAAUGAAAAUGUAGGUGUUACAAAUGUGGUUUAAUAAAACCUCAUGAAAGCGGCGAGCUUCUCCAAUUAAAAGUAUACCUGCAACAAGUCAGCUUUUCUCAUUUUAAUUUUAAUUUUGUGGCAUCUAGCAUGCAGUCGGGGUAUUCCAGUUAGCAUUUGCGAUCUCUUGUCAACUCGAAUACGCAUUGAACGAUAUUAAAAUGUACCGUUGCGCAUACCUCAUUGCGACAAAGUUUUCCCUGUGCAAAAUCCAAGCGUCAGCAAGAGAACCAGUGCCGAGAGCAAGAAGCACAGAUUGGAACGGGGGAGCAGAUUUUUCUCCGUGACAGAAACAGAUGUGAACUGAGCGUGUUUACCCUUAGCUGAUCAAUGAAAAGAAAAACAAUACGAGUCGUGACGGGUGCGUACCUUUGUGCUGACAACCCGUCCUGUCAAUGCUGCAGUUCUGUCUGGUACGCACCCUGUUCCGUGCAAAGUGUCCGCUUCAAGUCUUACACGAUGCCUUUCAGUGCUCCACAGUGUACAUACGCUCAAAGCUGAGAUCGAACAAGUUGUUUACGAGUAUCUAGUCUUUUCACCUCUGUGCCUUGUCUUCCUGUUGCAUUGUAUUUAGUACUUUUUGGGAUGGAAAUAAACAUCGACAGAGUCAAAACGCAA